AUGAUCCAAGAAAUUCCCGAAGCUGUUAACACUGACAGAGUGCUUCAUGGCAUUGAUUUGAGGGGGAAGAUCGGUGUUAAUUGGAUGCAGAAACAUGCUGUGCAUAUCCUUGAGUGGGGUAAUCGCUUUUAUCGGCGUUGUGAAGCAGUGCUUGGUGAUAUGCCUCCAGAGCACGAGUACCACGACUGGUUCAAAAGGGUGACUCGGAGGUUCAUCGAUAGGUCUGGUGCUGUAGUGACUCUGCUGAUUGAAGGAUACGUCCAUUUGUUGAGGCGUCAUCCAGUGGGCACGGAGGACCACAAUGACAUUACUGAGGUGCUGACGGCAGUGCAGGCGAUGGCACGUGUCCAACCUCCUAUCCCUGAGGCCCCGAUUGAGGAGGCAGCUAUGCCUACCGGCCCAAGCACGAGCACAGCUCUGGCCGGAUGUCAAUCCCGUCCGCCUGUUGCUACCCCUCAGCUUCUCCCUACCCCCGAUCCCUCUGCAUCCACCCCACAUGCAUCCGCCAGCCCCACCAUCCCUUCAUCCACCCCACAUCCAUCCCUUACCGUCACCAUCCCUUCACCCAACCCACAUUCAGCUCCUACGCCCACCAUCCCUUCACCUAGCCCACAUCCAGCCCCUACGCCCACCAUCCCUUCACCCACCCCCCAUCCAUCUCCUUGCCCCACCAUCCCUCCACCCACCCCACUUCCUUGUUCUGGCUCUGACGUCCGUCCACCCACCCCACAGUCAUUUCUUCAGCUGUCACCCAUUCCAUCCUUUGACCUGGGUACCCCACCUGACAUGCAGCAGGAGCCACCCUCCCAUAGUUUGUUUAGUACCCCUUCUUCAGCCAUUGACCCACCCCAUGUUCAGGCUGAGCAGGCGGUUGGGUUACCUACAGAGGCUGAAGGUCGGCCUAAACGCAUAUCAAAGGCACCUCCAUGUGGGACAGGGGGGCACAAACAUGGACACAAUGUUGGGCCCGAGGCAUCUGACGAAGGACAUGCAAGACCUCCUCCUCAUUAUACGAGACGGCGUAAGAUUCAAAAAGGGUAUCUGAAAGCUUAA